CCACCGCUAUCCCGUGAACCUUUCAUGUUGGUGAAACGCGAGUUCAAAGAGAGAAUUACGUGCAGACGUUGAACGCUUUCAUAAACUCUCUGCGAGUGGAGACCCGCAACAUCUAUCGAAGGGUUGAAUCAAGGAGGCGCCUCUAAAACUCAAGCUAGCGAGCCGGGCCCAAAGAGCCUCUUUCCCGCCAAAUAUAGGGCGGGCCGAGGUUUACAUUCCGCCGUGACUGGCUCCGAAGCCGUCUUCUUCUCCUCCCGGGAAGAUGGGAGCGGGCGUGACGCGCGCCCAGACGAUUGCGCUCCAAGGGCUGCACGAGGCGCCUCCCCUAGCGGCGAGGCGGGUGGAGGGCGCCCGCCGGGAGCGCGCUUCAGCCGGGGAUACGCCUCCUUCCCGGACCCCUCGCUGAGGGCUCACCGCCGGCGAUGUUCACCAGGGCGGUGAGCAGACUCAGCAGAAAGCGGCCCCCAUCAGAAAUAACAGACAAUGACAGCAAGCCAUGCAGUAGCCAUCAGACCCUCAAUGGAACCACAAGAUGGGCUCAGUCAUUGGAAAGUUUGCUGGAAGACCCAGAAGGUGUAAAGAAGUUUAGGGACUUCUUAAAGAGAGAAUUUAGUGAAGAAAACGUUUUAUUCUGGCAAGCUUGUGAAGAGUUUAAGAAGAUAAAAGAUGAAAAACAGAUGAAAGCAAAGGCAAAUGAAAUUUACAAAAAUUUCUUGUCAAAUAAAGCUUCUUAUCAAGUCAAUGUAGAAGGACAAUCGCGUUUGGAUGAAUCAAUACUGGAAAAACCUCAUCCUCUGAUGUUUCAGAAACUUCAAGAUCAGAUUUUCAACCUCAUGAAAUAUGACAGCUACAACCGCUUCCUGAAAUCAGAUAUAUUUCUUAAAUUGAAGGAGACUGAAGAACAGGAAGAAAAUUCACCUGAUCCUCAGACUGUAGCAAAAAGAGCUUCUAGAAUUUAUAAUACAUGAUUGUAUCCCAUAUUUGGAUACAUCCCAAAUAACAACAAUCCAUAGAACAAUAGAUCACAUUGAGACAACAAUCAAAAGCGUAUCAGUUCUCAGGAAUAAUCUUUGUGGUUAACACAGAUGCAUUUAGAGGCUUAAAUAGUAUAGAAUCCUAUUAGAUAAAACUUACCUUUGGUUGCUU